CUUCAUCAAAUACAAAACCUAGGCUGUUUAUUAAAUAAGCUGUAGAAUGUCAUUGCAUAUGGACAUGGAAGGUGUUUCAGAAACUGUGAUUCUAGCGGAACCACCCGCCAAUUCACACCCCGCCAGAGACGGGGAGGAAGAGAUGGGUUCACUCUUCGACGUUACAUUUCUGGAGGACUACCUUCCAAGCGCUGAAACCGAGACCCCGACUCGGAAAACCUACCACCAGUUUCAGCCCAAAGCACUGGGGGUCUCUCAGAUCACGCUGGGUGUGUUUGUGCUCAACUCCGUUUGUGUCGGCGUGGCAAACAGACUGGAUAAGAGAAACGAAGAGGUCACCAGGGCCAUAGGCUCUCUGGCGGCCAUAGUGGCGGGAAGCGUGGCCAUAGCGGCGCGGAGUCUUCACGUUCCCACGCUGAAGGCCUGCCUCGGCACACAACUGGCCGCCUGCCUCAUGGCCGUGUUCAACGUGGUCGUGGUGGGGGGCAGGCUGUCUGACACCCACUUAGUGCCGCACUGCUGGCGUUUCACUGAUUACAACAACACGAGUCACGACAGCACCUGCAACCAUCUGAUGAAUGCAGUGUAUCCGUUCUAUGUUGAGUGGUUCCUCGUGCAGGCUACGCUCCUCUGCAUCUCCGUCACCCUGACCAUCUACAGCUGCAAGUUGCUCCGCUUCUGCUCUCCGGCAGCACCCGGCACGCCAGGGGUCAGUGCGUAUAGUAGCCCUGCGCGUUGAGGAGAGACACGGUCCAAAAAAAGACAUCAGUGGCUGCAAAUCCAAAUUCCCCCAGGUCUUCGGUCCACCACAACAAAAGAUCUGGAGAUUCUUGAAGCUUCUGUGCAUCACACUCUGCACAUAUGGUGCCUUGGAAAGUAUUCACAUCACCUCACUCUCGCCACAUUUUGUUAUGUAACAUACUUAAUUCAUGAUUGAUAAAAAUUGUAUGCUAUCAUUCUACACACCGAACUCCAUAACUAAGCUACCAGGGCAACAGGGCUCUAGGUCAGGGAGGUGACCAAAAACCCAAUGAUCACACGCAAAACAGCUUCAUAGUUUUCUCUGUUGUGAUGGGAGAACCUGCCAGAAAGACAACCAUCUCUGCGGCACUCCAUCAGUUAGGCCUUUAUGGCAGAGUGGCUAGGUGGAAGCCACUUCUGGACAAAUGGCAUAUGACAUGCCUCCUGAAUGACUGGGAACAUGAGGAAAACGUUUAUCUGGUCUAAAAUUGAACUAUUAGGCCUGAAUGCCAAGCGCUUCAUCUGGCAAAAUCAAGGUAUCUCCUGGCUAAGGUGAAACAUGGUGGUGGACGCGUCAUGCUAUGGGGAUGCUUCUCAGGGGCAGACACUGUGGUGGACUGAUCUGGAUUGAGGAAUGGAUAAACAGGGCAAAAUACAUAGAGGUCCUUGAAACCUGAUCCAGAAUGUGCAAGAUCUCAGACUAUGACAAAGAUUAAUGUUCAGUACGACAAGUCAGGUCAUUGUCCCCGAGUGGCCCAGCCAAAGCCUGGAGAUGAAUCGGAUUGAGCAUCUGUGGGAAGACCUGAAGAUCACAAUUCACAGACGCUCUCCAUGAAAUCUGACGUAGCUUGAGAGAAUCUACAAGGAAUAUAGUGAGAAACAGCCCAAAUCCAGGUGUGCAAAGCUGUUUGAGGCAAACCCAAGAAGACAGCCAAAGGGGCUUUUACAAACUCUCCGGGACCAGGGCUGGGUUCUGCUGCUGUACAACAUACCUUCACAGUCCCCCGACAAAGGACGCAUCUAUCUCUUUCCUUCUCCGCCUCCUGCUGUUCCUCCUCCGUCUCUUUCCGUUUCU